CGGGGCGCAGGUGGACACCGGAGCCCGCCGCAGCCCCCGGGGUCCCGGGGCGCGGAGAGCGCCGCGGGUUGGGCUGACAGCGGGACUCGGUGCGGAGGCGCUCAGGGACGGCGGCGUUGGCGGAGCUCGACGCGGUGACCAAAUAAGAAUCCAGAUUCCCCUGCCUUUAAAUGAAAUUCUUCCUGAGGAGCUGUAUUCAAACACUGUUACUGUGAAUGGGUUUCCUUGCCUUGCUUGUUGGGGAGACUGACUGGCUUCAUCAGCUGCUGUCAUUUUCACUACAGUUUCUCUAGGAUUUCACAAUUGCAAAGAGUUCAUUUGGCUCCUCUGCCUUUCAUGAGCCUGCUCUUGGCAGUGCUGUGUGGGAAGAAGGUUGAAGGCAGGAAAAAAUACAUCCCCAAACUGGUUUCCUCUGAAAAGAUGUGGUAACUUCAUCUACCUGCUGCUUCUUUACUCCAAGCUUUAUGAACUUGAACACAAAGGCAUCAUCUUAUUGGGACAGCAGAAGGUAACAUAGAGAAGUAAUAUACAGAGGGAGACCAAUCUUUUUGUGACCACAGUCAACCCAUGAAGAGUGAGAGCUCUCAGCCACAUAAAAGUAUUUACUGCAUUUGCUUCAGAAUACUGUGGAGAAAAUGUAUGCUAGCCGAGAGGAUAUUGGAUAUGAUUUUGGAGAUGACUCUAAAGUUGGAAGUAAGCCAAUUAAACCUAAUCCAAACAUCGAUGGAGGAUGGGCUUGGAUGAUUGUACUUUCCUCUUUCCUUGUGCACAUUCUCAUCAUGGGUUCCCAAAUGGCCCUUGGAAUACUCAACAUGGAAUGGCUUGAAGAGUUUAAUCAAAGUCGUGGCUUAACAGCAUGGGUUAGCUCCCUCAGCAUGGGCAUCACGCUUAUUGUAGGUCCUUUUAUUGGUUUAUUCAUCAGCAUGUGUGGGUGCCGCACGACAGCCAUAAUUGGAGGGAUCCUGAAUGCCCUGGGCUGGAUACUGAGUGCCUAUGCCUCAAAUGUGCACUACCUCUUCCUCACCUUUGGACUGACAGCUGGCAUUGGAAGUGGCAUGGUUUAUCUACCUGCAGUGGUCAUGGUAGGGCAAUAUUUUCAGAACAGAAGAGCACUUGCACAAGGGCUCAGUACCACAGGAACGGGGUUUGGAGCUUUCCUAAUGACUGCCUUAUUGAAGUACCUCUGCACUGAAUUUGGGUGGAGGAAUGCCAUGUUCAUCCAGGGAGCCAUCUCCCUGAACCUUUGUGUCUGUGGGGCACUCAUGAGACCGCUCUCUCCCAAAGAGCUCCGUGAAAAGUAUGUGGUGAGAAAUGAUAGCGAAGAAAAUCAGGCAAAAGCUCUGUCCCAUUCUACAGAGACUAUAAAAUCUAAUGGAGUCCUUGGUGAAGAACCAGAGAAAAAAGAAGAGGCAGCAAAUGAAGAAGUGCUUGGCAAUGUGCAGCACACAGAAAUUGGAGGUAAAUCUGGAAGUGGAAGGAGCAUGUAUGGACUGCGCCUCUUUAAGACAGUGAGCCAGCUGACAAUUACAGUCAGGAAGGGCUUUGCACUCUGGUACUCCAGCUACUUUGGAGCUGCAUCACUGUUUACCAAUAGAGUAUUUGUGGCCUUUAUCAUUUGGGCUUUGUUUGCCUAUAGCAGCUUUGUCAUUCCCUUUAUUCACCUUCCAGAAAUAGUCAAGCAGUACAACUUAUCUAGGCAGGACAAUGUAUUUCCUUUGACAUCCAUUAUAGCCAUUGUUCAUAUUUUUGGUAAAGUGAUCCUUGGAAUCAUCUCUGAUCUGCCGUGCAUCAGCACAUGGAAUGUCUUCCUCAUGGCUAACUUUACCCUGGUCACCUGCAUUCUUACUUUGCCACUAAUGCAGACAUACAUUGGCCUGGCUGUGGUUUGUGCUCUAAUAGGAUUUUCUAGUGGCUAUUUUUCUCUAAUGCCUGUUGUGACUGAAGAUUUAGUUGGAACUAAACACCUUGCAAAUGCCUAUGGCAUCAUCAUUUGUGCCAAUGGAAUAUCUGCUUUGUUUGGACCACCCUUUGCAGGUUGGAUCUAUGACAUCACACAAAAAUACGAUUUUUCUUUUUACAUAGCUGGAUUGCUAUACAUGGUGGGAAUAAUAUUUUUACUUUUACAGCCUUGUAUUCAAAAGAAACAGUCAAGAGAAAAAUCUACAGAAGAAGCACAAGUAUAGAACAAAUUCCAGAACUUUUUUACAGAACUUUUUUGGUUUUGUGUUUACUUGUGUGACAGUAUGAAGAUGUUUUUCGUAUAGAACCAACCACAUUUAGCUGCACUUAAUUGAAAAGCAAAUGUGCUCCAUAAGGCUUAUAAAUUAUUUGAAGUGAGCUUUUAAAAUUAGUUAAUAAUUUUACUUUAUAACUACCAAAUACAGUGAUUAAAAGCACACUGCUAGUACUUCAAUAUUAGAACAAUACUAAGAACACUUACCCUUGCUUCUCUUUUAAUAUUUCACCAUUAACCAUUGGUGAAAAUCCACUGACUGCAGUGCAGUUACUUUGAUUUACAUUAGUCCUAUGAGAGAAUUUGGUCAGGACAUGAAUGAUUUAUAAAAGUCCUUUCUACUACAUAUUCAAGCUGAUGAAAGAUUAGUUACUGGGUAUUAGAAAAUGAUUGUAUUUCUUGCCUGGCUAGUCAAGUACUGUUGAAAUGCUACUAUAAUAAUUCCAUUAAUUCAGCGUACUAAAAGUACUAUUUCUGUGAUGCAAAUCUGAAGAAAAGUUCUCAUAUAUUUCUGAAGUGAUUCAGUUGGACUCAAUAGGUCCCUCCCAACCCAGUAUAUUCUGUGAUUCUACUUCAAUGAUUUUUAAUUUUGUUUUUUUAAAGUAUCAACUGCAUCUAAAGUAGCCAUCCUCAAUACAUAGGCUACAUUUUAAAUGCUGUGACACUUAAUGCACCUGAAGUA